AUGCUGUCACGUCACCUUCUCAGUCGAGCUGCGCGUGCGCGCUCCAAUCUAGCAGCGCGUGCGGCUUUGCGCCGACAUGCCUCCUCUGCAGCUGCCUUCAGAUGGGAAGAUCCCCUCAACCUUUCCAAUUUUCUGACCGAAGAGGAGCAAGCGAUCCAGGAGACAGCACAUUCGUAUUGUCAGGAGCGUCUGCUCCCCAGAGUGCUGGAAGCAUACCGCAAGGAAGACUAUGACAAGAAAAUCCUGGAAGAGAUGGGCGAGCUUGGUCUACUCGGCGCCACCAUCAAAGGCUAUGGGUGUGCCGGUGUGAGCAAUGUUGCGUCCGGUCUGAUAACGCGAGAAGUUGAAAGAGUGGACUCUGGAUACCGUUCAGGCAUGUCUGUGCAGAGCUCGUUGGUCAUGGGACCUAUUGACGAGUUCGGGACCCAAGAGCAAAAGGACAAGUUUCUGGAAAAGUUGGCAAGGGGACAGUUGGUGGGCUGUUUCGGUCUGACUGAGCCUAACCACGGCUCAGACCCAGGCUCAAUGGAAACAACUGCGAAGCCGCAUCCCUCCAAAGAGGGGUAUUUCUCGCUCUCAGGUGCUAAGACGUGGAUCACCAACUCGCCCAUUGCUGAUGUCCUGCUCGUUUGGGCGAAGCUACAGGAGACAGGGAAGAUCAGAGGUUUCCUGGUCGAACGAGAGAAGUGUCCUCCAGGUACCCUCGAAACGCCGCCGCUGAAGGACAAGAACGGACUUCGCGCAUCCAUAACGGGUAUGAUCCAGCUGGAUGAAUGUCCCGUGCCAAAAGAGAACAUGUUCCCGGAAGUCGAAGGACUGAAAGGUCCUUUCUCCUGCCUCAACUCGGCCCGUUACGGUAUUGCGUGGGGAACAAUGGGUGCCCUCGAAGACUGUAUACAGCGAGCUCGAGAAUACGCCCUGGAGCGAAAGCAAUUCAAGAACAACCCGAUCGCAAAGUACCAGCUGGUGCAGAAGAAGCUAGCCGACGCUACAACAGACGCGGCCUUCGGCCUUGCUGCUGCCUACCAAGUGGGGAGGCUGAAGGAUGAAGGCAAGGUCGCUCCCGAGAUGAUUUCGAUGAUCAAGAGACAGAACUGCGACAGGGCCUUGGUCAAUGCCAGGCAUCUGCAAGAGAUUUUCGGCGGAAAUGCGGUCAGCGACGAGUAUCACAUUGGACGGCAUGUGUCGAAUCUGUUUGUGACUCAAACGUAUGAAGGGCAGAGUGACAUCCAUGCCUUGAUAUUAGGAAGAGCCAUUACUGGCCUCCAGGCGUUUUGCUAA